GUUGAUACCGUCAGCUGUUUUUAAAUUACAAAUUUAAAUUACAAUUUAUUAAUAUGCGCGUACACUCGACUUUUCACAGGAAAUUGCACCUUCGCCGACAAUGUGCCGCUGAAGUUCGUGUGCAAGGGCAAGGUCCCGAAGGAUAUGUAUGCCCUGUUUCGCGACAAUCGAGCACCCCCAGACACUUUCUUCAGCGCGUGGGAGGGCGAGGAGAAGGACGGCGAGGACCCUAUCCUCCUGAUCUCGUUCUACAGCAAGCAGUUGGCGGACUACGAGAGCAUCUCGCUGCAAGGACCAGUGAAAGGUUGGGAGGGUUACUUCUUUCUAGCGAACUUUGGGAACGACACCGACGUCUCUGUAUUCAUCGUACCAUCUACCGUUCACUGCUUCACCUUAGGUCUGCGAUAUCCGUAUGAGCUCAAAAGGCAUUGCCUUGGCUAUAGCUUGGCAAAUGAUGGAAAUGACGUUGCCAAGAAGCCGAUUCUACACUACGGCUCCCUCUCUUAUAAAGGCCCUGUGACCUCAAUUAGUGAUGCGAGUACAUUCAGUCCGUUGGGAGCCCUGCUGCUUGUCGUGUAUGUGAUGAUCAUUCAUUGAUUUUGUACCAGAAAACGCG